UGCGGGGAAAAUUGUUUCAGAGGGCGGCUCAUGAACCCCCCGCCGGGGCUGUUCGCGUGCAGAACAUCAAAGCACUCGGGGCAGAACGAGAUUAGAGCGCCCCGUGGUUGCUCGUAAUUAGAAGAGGGAGAACGUCGCGGGGGGCACUCUGAACGUCGCUCCCGCGGAGCUCUACAUCCACUAUGUUGCCCUGUGGACCAGCUUUGUCCUUUAUUAGGUGUCUGGUGCGGAAGAAGAAUGUCAGUGGUGAAAGCCUUGAGGACACCAAGUUGUGCCGAUGCUUAUCGACCGUGGACCUUAUAGCCCUGGGAGUAGGAAGUACCCUUGGUGCUGGUGUUUAUGUCCUUGCUGGAGAAGUAGCCAAAUCUGAUUCUGGACCUAGCAUCGUUAUUUCUUUCCUCAUUGCUGCCCUUGCCUCUGUGAUGGCAGGUCUCUGCUAUGCUGAAUUUGGUGCUCGCGUGCCCAAGACUGGUUCUGCAUAUUUGUAUACUUACGUAACUGUUGGUGAACUGUGGGCUUUUAUCACUGGCUGGAAUCUCAUUUUAUCCUAUAUUAUAGGUACAUCAAGUGUAGCAAGAGCCUGGAGUGGCACCUUUGAUGAACUUCUUGGAAAACAGAUUGGUCAUUUCUUCAGUACCUACUUCAAAAUGAAUUACUCUGGGCUAGCAGAGUAUCCUGACUUCUUUGCUGUAUUCCUUAUAUUACUUUUAGCAGGUCUCUUAUCUUUUGGAGUAAAGGAAUCUGCAUGGGUGAAUAAAAUUUUCACUGCUAUUAACAUCUUGGUCCUACUCUUCGUUAUGAUUUCUGGUUUUGUGAAAGGAGAUGCUGACAACUGGAAAAUAAGUGAAGAAUAUCUCAGAAACCUUACUGCAGUAACAGAGAACAUCUCAUCCUAUGAAAAUGUGACAAGUAUAUAUGGGAGUGGUGGUUUUAUGCCAUAUGGUUUCACAGGAACAUUGGCUGGUGCUGCAACCUGUUUUUAUGCUUUUGUAGGAUUUGACUGCAUUGCAACAACUGGAGAAGAGGUCAAGAAUCCUCAGAAAGCCAUACCCAUAGGAAUUGUGGUGUCCCUGCUUGUCUGCUUCAUGGCCUAUUUUGGGGUUUCAGCUGCACUGACACUUAUGAUGCCAUACUAUCUGCUGGAUGAGAAAAGUCCUCUGCCAGUAGCAUUUGAAUAUGUUGCAUGGGGUCCUGCUAAAUAUGUUGUAGCAGUGGGAUCCCUCUGUGCUUUGUCUACAAGUCUUCUUGGAUCCAUUUUCCCAAUACCACGUGUAAUCUAUGCUAUGGCGAAGGAUGGGUUGCUUUUCAAAUAUCUAGCUCAAAUCAAUUCCAAAACGAAGACCCCACUAGUUGCUACUCUAUCGUCUGGUGCAGUAGCAGCUAUAAUGGCAUUUUUGUUUGACCUAAAGGCUUUAGUGGACAUGAUGUCUAUUGGUACACUUCUUGCUUAUUCACUUGUGGCAACCUGUGUCCUCAUCCUUAGAUACCAACCCACUGUAACCUAUGAGGAACCAAAAUAUUCUCCAGAAAAAGCAGCUUUGGCUGCAGCUGAAAGGGAAUCUGCAGUAAGUGAAUCACAGAUAAAUAUGAUAGAAGAGAAUCGCUUCAGUCUUCAGGCCCUGAUUAAUCCAUCCAGUUUACCAACUGAGCAGACAGCAACUACUGUUAACUUUUUAGUGGGUCUCUUAGCUUGCUUGGUUUGUGGCUUGAGUGUCCUCACUACAUAUGGGAUUCAUUUCAUUGCUAACUUGGAGCCCUGGAGUAUUGGCCUUCUUGCUGUGUUAGUGGUGUCCUUCAUAGUUACCAUUCUCCUCAUCCAAAGACAGCCUCAAAACCAGCAGAAAAUGGCCUUUAUGGUUCCACUAUUGCCAUUUUUGCCAUCAUUCAGUAUACUGGUAAAUAUUUACUUGAUGGUGCAAUUAAGUGGAGAAACUUGGAUUAGAUUUAGCUUCUGGAUGGUACUCGGCUUCCUCAUUUACUUUGCUUAUGGCAUCAGACACAGUGUUGAAGGUCAUCGUAGCGAUGGAGAUGAUGAUUCUUGUUCAGAAAAUAGUGGGUUGAAAGAAAAGAACCCUGUGGAAGAACUGGAUGAACCUGAAAAUGCAAAUGAAAGGGAUCAAUUUCUUCCACAUGAAAGGACAAGUGAAUGUUAAUCUCUGCCAACACACAAAUCUUUUAAAGCUUUAAUUGACAUUUGCAGACUGAAAUUUCAAAAGCUUUCUGCCAACAUUGUGCUUCUAGAAAGUGUUUACUACAAGGCCUGACUGAUAUUUUGGACAAGCUGCUAAUCCAUCUUCAUCAUUUCAGAACUGACAGCAUAGAGAUUAAUAUUUAUAUUAAAAAAAAAGUACCCUUUGGCAAGCAAAAAUUUGGAGGCAUUGUUUGAAGUGUCAUCCAAAAUCACUGGCAAUCAUCAAAUAUGAAGAAUUUUAGAACUGUGUGCCAGAAGUUCUGAAUAUUUGACAGUGCAUUGUGGACACAAGUGCCUUUCAUACCUUCUCCUUAUCUCUGUUACAUGUUUUGGUCACAAUCUGAAUUUUCUUCUUUCUACUGAAGUAACUCUCAUCAGACAUAAAUUUCAUUCAGGCCUGGAAAGUAUUUGCAAAAUGAAUGGUAAUUGUAUGGAUCAGAUACUUUGUAAAAAGUAGAGGACCAUAUAUUUAUGUAAAAAGAAAUAAUUGCUUACCUUUACUAAUCAUGACUACUAAUCAGUAGUCCUGGAGAACUCAAGCAGUAAAGAUACUUCAAAGGUUUUUAGUCCCUCUAAAUAGUAUUCAAGAUUUCUACUUCUGUGAAUGCCUUUUCUUUAAAAGAUGCUGUAUAGAAGUGUGUAUAGAAUAAUACUCUCAAGAGCAACUAUGUUGUUUUCUGCAAAAGCAUCUGGGAAUUAAUCUGUUGGUCACAGUAUUAACAGUGACAGUCAUAUGUGAUUUAGCAAGUACUGUGCUUUUGAUUUCAGAAGGGCUAGAAUUUUAUCCCUGACUACAUAAUUUGGUACUUACAUACAGCAGACAUCAAGUUUUUCUCCUUACUACUCAUUUAGUAAUACUUUCUUCUUCUUUAUCAUA